AUGAUGGGUGACAGUAUCGAAAUCACCGAUCGUGUUGCGGCUGCGCAACCGGGCAUUAUGAUAGUAAGGCCCAGUCUACACAAGCAAACCACGGAGAACGCUGCAAUAUUCAAGAGAUGGACGAUCAUGCAUUUUCGCGACCUGCUCAAUCUCGCCCCUGAAUCUCCAGGUUCCAAAGGCAUAUUUCAAACCUUACGCUAUAGAAGCACCACAGGCGAACUACUCUACACCAUCCACGCCGACGACAUCUCUAUCUGGAAGACCCCUGCAUACUACGCUAUCAGCAGGCGCUUGGAUCUCGAAAACACUCGCAAAAUUGAGGAAGGCGAACAGGCUGUUCUGUCCAAUUCCAAAUAG